AUGGCUCCAGCCCAGCCUGAUGCCCAGACCGACGUGUACGUUGGAAUCGAUUUUGGAACGACUCAUUCUUGUCUCGCAUAUUCAGUCGACGCCCCAACUCACUCGAAUACCAUCGCCCGGUACGCACGAAAUGUGAACUCCACCCAGGGGAUUAUAGCUUGUUCGGAAAAGAUCCCCAGUCAGUUGCGGCUACACCAAGAUGGGAGUAUUGCUUCAUGGGGCUCCCAUCAGCUCUCAUCUGAGCAUUCUCUUGUCGAAUUGUCCAAGCUCAUGCUACUUCAUGAUGACGAUGCUGCAGAGUUUAUGGAUUCAACGUGGUUUGUGGAAGCCAAGACGAACGUGCGUCGUCUUCGUCAAAACGCUGUCAAGGUGACGACUAUGUAUCUCCAAAACCUCUGGAAUUCUUUUCUCCAGGAUCUUUCUUCCCUUUGCACUGAAGAGUGCAGGAUGCAUAUCACCUUCACAGUUCCGGCCGACUGGCCGGAUGACGCAAGAACUCGUAUGAUGACAGCUAUUGACGCUGCUGGCAUCCGCAACUCAACCGAAACCCCUGUCAACUUCAUUUCUGAACCGGAGGCUGUGGGCAUCGCUCUCCUGCCUCGAGAGCUCCACAGAAUCAAUCCUAAGAAAAAUGACGCCCUCAUUAUCUGCGAUUGUGGCGGAGGCACGGUUGAUUGUAUCGGUCUCCAGAUUUCUAGAAUAUCGCCUCUAGAAGUUCGUGAAUGCACUCCCGGUGAGUCCAUUUUGGCCGGCGCAGCCAUCUUCGUCAAUGCGUUCAGAGAACGUUUCAUUGCCAAGUUCCGUACGUCUUGCCCUGGGGCACAGAUCAAUGAGUCGGUAAUGGAUGAGAUCGAGCGCCUCAUCGCAAACAACUUAAAGCCGAUCAUCGAAGGCUAUAAUGGAAAAGAUGAAAAGCGUGAAAUUUCGCUACCCGCAUGGAUCAUUGGUUCUCAAGCAAGACGGUCUCGAGCCGGAUCGAGCCAGCAAGUCAUGGCAUUUACGAAGGAAGACAUGGACGAGAUCUUCAAGCCCAUGGAACGCAUCACAGAACUCGUCAGGUCGCAGAUUGAGGCAGCCAAAACAAAAAUCGGGCAGUUUCCCAAGGCUGUGAUUAUCGCUGGAGGUCUCGGCAAAAACACCUUCGUCCAGACUGCGAUCAAUCAAAUGGUCAAGGAUAACUUUGAUGGUUCUGUCAACGUCAUCCAAUACCAUGACAACAUCGGGUGGCUCUCCGUGGCACAUGGUGCCUUGGCCCACGCCAUCGAAGCGGGGCGGAAGAUCCGAGCACCAGCGAUGGUCGCCAGCCGUAUAUCGCGACAUCGAUAUGGCUUUCGUCAGGCCGACCAGGGCCUUAAAUGGUUUCUGGAAAAGGGGGCGAGUAUUUCUACCGACGAACCAAAUACUUUCCAGAUCCAGUCGAAGGACUUUCAAGUCUUGCUGUCCAAGGGCCGUAAGUACCUGACCCUGGAAGUCUACACCCAGUCGGGUAAAAAUUCCCUCAUUCAGCGCACUUGUGUGGUCAAGUGGUUGCAAGAGCAGGAGCCCCGUUCUCACGACUCUUUCCACCUGGGCCUAGUCCACGACGGUAUGAGUGUGACCUUCACCCUGUACGUGGACGGAAUUCUUCAAGGCCCUGAGCAGGUGAACUUUGAGUACGGCUACUAGGCCACACUCAACGACAUCGAGUGGGCGAUAGGUUGGGGGAGUACGGCUUUGGCUGGUGUUUGGAUAUGGUGUUCUCUUUUGCUUGUUUC